GGAACCUGUCUUUUUCUUCAAAUUCAUGGCAGUAUAACAGACAAGACGACAACAGACGGGUGCUAGAUUUACCUAGCCGCUGUCCUGUGAAAGUGAAUAAAAAACCUAUAAAGUGCGCUGAAUUAUUUCAAAGAGGACCUAAAACUGGAGCCGCCGAGUCCUACUGGAGCCCCAGUCCAGGUUAUGGAGCUGUGGGAGGUUUACAUCGAUGAAACAACAGGAAGGAAGUUUUUUGUGCAUUCAAUCACUAAAGACAAGACCUGGAAACCACCUCGCAUUGUGCAGCCAAAUAAAGAAAUAAAGGAAAGUACAAUGGAUGUUCAAAGUGCUUUAACCAAACUAAGCUCCCCUCGUCAAAACCCUGGGGCAGUUCAAAUGAGGAUUAAGAGUAUCGCAGCUAACUGUGACAGACUGAGCCAGACCAAGUCUAUGGUUCUGACUGAUCCUGGACACCCCGCUAAAGCUAUAUCUCGUCAUAGAAGAAACCAUUCCCAGCAUAAUUUGGGAGAUGUUAUUGCUGGAGAGAAGCCUGAUAUAGAAAAAAGUGAAUACCUGAAUAAAGCCAAAAUUGCUGAUGGUGGCAAAAAGUUAAGAAAAAACUGGGCCCCAACCUGGGUUGUUCUAGAUGGAAAGAAGCUGUUAUUUUACAAAGAAAGCAAACAACAGGCUUUAACAAAUUUGAAAACUGGAUGCAAGCCCGAGAGCGUAGAUCUUUAUGGUGCUCAAAUCGAAUGGACAACCGAGAAGUCGAGCCGAAAGAACGUAUUCCAGAUUACAACUGGCUCAGGCAGCGAGUUUCUUCUUCAGUCAGAGAAACAUGCCUCUAUAUUCAGCUGGCAUGAUGCCAUUAAAAAUGCCAUUGACAGCCUGGGCACAGAUGGAAGGUUAGUACACUCCAACAUUCGGAAAUCUUCAAGUACUGAUCUCGUGAACAGGUGUGGAGAAUCCUCUCCUGCAGUCAAAGAAACUAAACCAGAGCACAGGAGAUCACUAAUGUUUAAGCUGACCUACAGUGCUUCUGACAGUGGAGAUAAACAUGGAGUGAAAAACCGACUCAAGAAAUUUAUUUCACGGAGGCCUUCAAUGAAAACACUGCAAGAGAAAGGCAUUAUUAGAGAUCAAGUUUUUGGCUGUCAUUUGGCAACUCUGUGUAAGCGUGAAGAAACUACCAUCCCAAACUUUGUGAGGCAGUGUCUGAAAAACGUUGAAGAAAGAGGUCUGGAAACUGAUGGCAUUUACAGAGUAAGUGGUAACUUGGCCACAAUACAGAAGCUACGAUUUGUAGUGGAUCAGGAAGAGAAGCUGAAUUUGGACGACAGCCAGUGGGAGGACAUCCACGUUGUCACCGGAGCGCUCAAGAUGUUUUUCCGAGAGCUGCCAGAGCCACUGUUCCCAUUCUGCUUCUUCGAGCUGUUUGUUGAGGCAAUAAAAACACAGGAUUACCGGCAGCGUGUCCAGUCUAUAAAGAAGCUUGUGUCUCAGCUCCCGAAGCCUAAUCAUGACACAAUGAAAGCUCUUUUCAGACAUUUUCAAAAUGAACCGUAUGGAAAAGGGCACCUUGGGCUACUUUUGAAGGUUUACAAAAGGUGCCCCGGACCCCCCCUGUGCCAGCAUGAAUAGGUCAAUCUGAAGGAAGCCUAAAGAUGUGGAGCAAGUUAAGUCCUUCAGAUUCCAUGUGUGCUACUUGUGAUGACCACAAAAGAUGAUUCUCCCUUAUUCACCGUGACUGCUGAAGGAAGAGAAAGAGAAGGUGCUGCAUCACUGAGGAAAGUGCAUGUUAGUAACUGUCGACGCUUGCAAUAGUUAUUUGUAAAAUUAAAGUGUCCUUUUGUCAAAACAAGGACUCAUCUGCUUUAGCAUGAAAUGAAAUACAUAUUUUAAGGGCUAUGUCACCAUUUAUGUUUAUCCAUGUGUAUUGAACUUCAGUAAGCCUGACCUCCACACCAAAUUACCACAGUCAACCAAGCUAUUAGCCACUCAUGAAAUGGCUCAGAAUAUAUUCUUCUAAACGUAAAGAAAAAAAAAAAAAAUCUCUAGAUACUCAGGAAUACUAACUUGUACGUGCCAUGCCAGUGGGUGUCAAUGUAUGGUAAUUAAGAAGCCAUGCUAAUAUUUCAGAUGUCACGCAUUAUAGGAACCGUACUAUGAAUUAAUUGUGCAUUGCAUUAAAAAAAGGUGUUUACAACGAUUUUAGAAUGAUAUUACAAAAGCGUUCUAAUUGCACUUACCUGAUCAUGGCCAUUCGGGUUUACAGCAGAUGGAGUGUUCUUCUUGUCAUUGUUGCUUCCAUUUGUUUUUAUCUCCGAGGGUAGUUAAAUAUAAUUAUUUGUAAAAUGUCUCCCUUAAGAUUCCCUUAUAGCACAAAAGAGAUUUGUUCAAGUGCUGUGCUGUUGUGCCAGCACCACAGCUUUCCAUAAACUCGUCUUUCAAGAUUGAUCCAAUAGUGGUACUUUCCUUUUGCUCCAAGCUAAGAAACUGACAUUUAGAUAUCUUUUCUAUACUUAAAUAUCACACUCACAUUUUUGUUUAACAUCUUAUAAAAUGUUGUAAUUGGCCACCAAGUUCUUGCACACCGUAAUGUACUGUGUAGUUAAGUUUCCUCUAGGUUUAGUUUUUCAUCUAAUAAAAUUGUUUUUUUUUUUUUUUUUCAUUUCUUAGCUUUAGUGCUGCUAUGUGCACAAUGCAAUCAGUCUGACACUCACUUAAGAUGAGAGAAAUUGUAUUAAUUCCUUUAUUUCUUGUUAUAACAACCAGGUGGAAGAAAAUAAUACUGAAAAGGGAAUCUUUCAUGAUGUUUAAACACAGACUGUUUUUUUUUUUUUUUUUUUUUUUUUAACAGAUGGAAUGUGCAUUAGCAUUUAGCAGUGUUAACUCUUCCGAACUUUAUUUUUAAAUGUAUAUCUUUGUAAGAUAAGGACUUACAGAUCCCAAUACAUUCAGCUAGUUUCUUUCUUAAUCAAACAUUUACAUGAUUUUGGUAUAUUUUGACAUUCUGGCUCUGGGGCGGCAACAUAUUAAUCAAAGUGUAUUGAUUUGAUUGUAAUCAUUGUAUCAGUAUAUUCUUCAUAUUUUCUGUACCACUGUAAAAAAAAAUAAAAAUAAAAAAAAAACACUACAACAACACUAUAUUAGCUUUAAAUUCACUAUAAUUCUACAUUUGAUUUCAUGUAACCUCUCCCCCCCCCCACCCUUUAAAGGGAGCUUUACACCUAAAGAGUUUGUCAACAUGUAAGUUAAUAAACUAAAAUGUGCCUCUGAGUGAGAUUGGGGAGUCAUCUGUGUCUAGAUUCAACUGAAAGAUUGUUCUCUCCACCUCCCACUCUUUUAAAUUACAUCAUGCAUUUGAAACAGUAUGACAAUUUUUGUCAUAAUUUUUACAAUACAGGAAUGGGAAUCUGGUACAAUGGAACAAAUCCAAAAAGUGCCAGAAGCUUCAAAAUGCCAGUUUUUAUUAAUGAGAUCAGCCGUCAGGAACCCAUUUCUGAUAAUUAUAAAGUUCCAAAUCUCUUCAAGAUUAAAAUAGCCUUUUACUACGGUAUGUUGUAAAUCAAAUCAACAUCUGUGAAUAGGUUGAGUAAUUAUUAGCCUACAUGAGGGUUAUUGUACUGAGAGGUAAGCAGUUCUUUAUCAUAUGGGUGACACAUGGUUUACCUGGAAACAGGGCUAAUGUUGUCUAUGUAGGUUAAUAAGGGGCAGAACUCCAUACAGUGGCAUCAGAGCUAGGUAUUAUUACCACUGUGAAGAGCAUCUCCUCUGUGUGCUAAUGCAACUUAUCCCCAAACUCCACUAAGUACACUCGACUUUAUUAGCUUAAGAUAUCUAUCCCCUGCAUACUUUGGCCUAAUUUGACCUCUUUGUACUAAGACUGUCCAAUUAGGUGAUAACUGUGAGAUGAGAAUGAAGUACCAGCAUGAAAUGAAAUUCUUAAUAAGCUCAAUAAUUGCCACUUUCUACUUUAAAAUGUUCAUUCAUAAGCAUUGUUGAAUUUUCAGACAGUUUCAUUUUUGAUCAUUUCUGACUAAAUUACCAAGAUGAACAAUAAUAAUGCAU